UGAUGUUGGUCCUUCUCCUGCAGGAGUGCGGAAGGCAAGGGCUGCCUUACCACUCUGGUCAAGCGCCUUUGUCUGCCUCUGCUGACCCGGCUGCUCUGUGUUGGCUCUGCAGCAACGUCAGCUAGCUCUGCCCAUAGCGUCUGCUGCGCUCCUGCUGGCUGACGUCAGGAUGCGAUGGCUGUGACCGCCCGGCCGGACGCUCGCCCUUACGCCUCGAGUUCGCCCACAGCCGCUGAGCAACGCAACCACUGCUGCCUGGGCUGCUGCUGCUGCUGCUGCUGCUGCUGCUGCUGCUGCUGCCGCUGCUGCUGCCACUGCUGAUACUGCUGCUGCUGCCGCAUCUCCGGCGUGCGGCUGGAGCCCAUCGCUCCGCACGGCCGGCACCAAGUUAGCCAGGGUGGCUGCAGGCGCGGGAGCACAGCAGGAGCCCUGGAGGUCACAGCAGCGAGGCUGAGGGUGGACGCCAACAAAUACAAAUCCAAGCCAGCUGGGAUUUGUAAUGUCGGUUAACAUUGUAGCCUUUGGAAAUGAAAGAGAUAGGCCCUCUGAGGACAGUCAGCAGCCAAGCCUGAUCUGGAGCUAUCUCAGGAGAAGUGCUCUAGUUUCCCAGAUCGACUGCAGCUUGUCUGCCAGUCACGUUGGAAACCCAGUUUUUACUGAGUACCAAGCCUCUGUGUUUGGAAAUGUCAGACUGGUGGUACGCGACUGUCCUGUCUGGGAUAUAUUUGACAGUGACUGGUACACCUCCAGCAGUCUCAUUGGAGGAGCUGAUAUUAUUGUGGUUAAAUACUCCGUCAAUGAAAAGACUUCGUUUCAAGAACUAAAGGACAGUUAUGUCCCAAUGAUAAAAAAAGCAUUAAACCACUGCUCAGUUCCAGUAAUAAUUUCUGCUAUUGGUGCAAGAAAAAACGGAGUGCCUUGUACCUGCCCCCUGUGCACAUUGGACAGAAGGAGCUGUGUCACCACUGCUGAAGGAGUUCAGCUUGCCAAGGAACUAGGAGCCGCUUACCUUGAGCUGCACACUCUCAAUGACUUCUACAUACAGAAGUACUUUGGAGGCGUGCUGGAAUAUUUUAUAAUCCAAAGUUUGAAUCAGAAGUCAUCUGAAAAAAUGAAGAAAAGGAAAAAGACGCAGAAGUGUCAUCGAGUUCAACCACCUCAGCUUGAACAGCCAGAAAAAAUGCCAAUCUUGAAGGGUGAAGCCUCACACUAUGACGCGGACCUGCACAACCUGCUCUGCUGCUGCCAGUGUGCGGAUGUGGCAUUCUACCCCGAGGACCUCAGCACAGUGGUGGAGGCUCACAAGGUCAUCCUCUGCUCUGUCAGCCACCUCUUCAUGCUGCUUUUCAAGGUGAAGAGCCCUGCAGACAUCUGCGAUGCCUCCAUCAUGCGGACGGCGCAGAGCCUCUUCACAGUGGAGGCAGAGGCUGCCUUCCCGCUGGCGCCCCGUGGCAUCCCACCCUGCGUCCCGCUGGAGAGGGUGGUGGUGAAGGACUCUGCCUUCUGCUCGUGUCUCCCAGACAUCCUCCACUUCAUCUAUUCAGGUGCUUUCCAGUGGGAACGACUAGAAGAGGAUAUAAAAAAGAAGUUGAAGGAUCCAGAAAAAACUGAAAAUGUGCUUGAGAAAGUUAAAUGUGUCCUGAAAACCCCAGGGAAGUUAAACACUAUAAAAGACUGCAGAUCUCAACAGAUGAAACGGCUGUAUAAUACUUCUCUCAGGCUGUUCUUUAAUACACCUGUCCUAGCUGAUGUCAUCUUCAAAAUACAAGAUGCAACUGUACCAGCCCACAGAGCAGUUCUGGUAGCUCGCUGUGAGGUAAUGGCAGCUAUGUUUAAUGGUAAUUAUCUAGAAGCAAAUAGUGUUCUGGUUCCAGUGUAUGGGGUUUCCAAAGACACUUUCCUCUCCUUUCUAGAGUAUCUUUAUACCGACUCCUGCUGCCCAGCUGGUAUUCUCCAAGCUAUGUCUCUCUUGAUCUGUGCAGAGAUGUACCAAGUAAUGAGGCUCCAGCAUAUUUGUGAGCUUUACAUUAUCACACAGCUUCAGAACAUGCCUAGCAGGGAGCUGGCAUCCACAAGUCUCAGUAUUGUUAGCUUGCUCAAAAAAGCUAAGUUUCACAAUUCUGAUUGCCUUUCAACUUGGCUUCUCCAUUUUAUUGCCACUAACUACCUCAUCUUCAGUCAAAAGCCUGAAUUUCAAGAUCUUUCAGUGGAGGAGCGCAGUUUUGUAGAGAUGCACAGAUGGCCUUCCAAUUUGUACCUGAAGCAGCUCGCUGAUUACAGGAACUACAUCCACUCUCAGAAAUGCCAUUGCACAGUAAUGUAAGAGGACUGAGCACACACAAAGUGCAUCGUGACUCAGAAACUUCAGACUGGGAAUUACACAAAGCAUAAAAAUCCUUUCAAGAGCAAAUAAAAUACUUAUCUCCCCUGGAAUACCAUAUGCCAUGCUGUAGCUCACCUACUAGCAUUCCUUGCUUUGGUAAUGGACCACUACUUUUCCAUUAAAGUGUGGAGAAAUGUAUCAUGAAGAUUUAUUUCAAGCACAAGAAUUUCGUAACCAUGGGGAUUAAAUGUAGUACGGGUCAUGUCAUGACUGUCAUGCUGUCAUGUGCUCCUCCUUCUAUCUUCUGCAUUGAUUGUUUUACUGGUUUUCAUGAGUAUUUUUGGCUGCUAAAAGGGCACUGAUUGAAAACAGAUUUUUUUUGUGAGUCAGUAUACAAUAGUACCACAGUAGCAUUGCAGCAAAGCUGAGAAGCCAACUCCUAAGUUCUUUAAAUAUUUCAGAAUCCAAAAAUUUAUGGCAGCUUCUGUUGGUUUGCAAAAUAAAGGGUAGACGUACUAAUCAUUUUAGUUAUGAUUCAUUUUCUACUUCAAGGUAACUCUCUACUUCCUUUUAUGGAACUCUUAUGGUUGUAUGAGUAGAUAUUUUAAUUUCAGAAGAAUGCCUAUGUAUCAACGUAUUCUCUGUUAUUUUCCAAAUAUCUACAAAUUGAAAUAGUGUUUCCUUUCAAUAAAUAGGAGAAGGAGGUCUGUUUUAGUAAUCUGUAGAAUACCUCUGUUAGUGUGUACAUAUUGUGGUUUUCCCCAUGAGGAAGGAAUUCAGGGAGAACCAAGUCCACUCGGAGUGUAUUGACAUGGUACUGGUAGGGACUGGACCAAAAAAGGAGGGAGUUGACAGCCUUGCAUGACUUCGGUGGAAGAAAACUCGCUGGCCCUGGUGACUUUUUGGGAAAAGUGGGUCUCAUAAUCCCACAUACCGCCUGGGGGCUGACAGCACUGAUGUCAGAUUUGCUGGCUGUGGAGGAGGUGACCCUCAUGGGUUUGCCAGUCCGAGAAGGAAUGUCAGCUUUUGGUGGGACUUUGAGCUCAACCUUCCCCAGUGAGGGCUCAGUUUAAACUGAAUUAACAUUCUGUGUUCGUAAGCUAUGCUGUGUGAGACAAACCUGAUUAUCUUUUGCAGCUGUGUGGGUUCUUUCUUGGUUAUAACAGAGAAAUCCUGAAUGUUACCAUGCUCCUUGCCAAUGCUGUUGAGAGUUUUCUUGACUUAAACCACUAAUUUGUUGUACCACUAACUUAUAGGAAUGUAGUAAUAUUAAAUACAAAAUGAACUCAGCCUUUACGCAGGGGUAUCUGUCUGAGCAUAGGUACUUUUCUAUAAAUGAAAUCUUAUCAAGGAGCUAAAUGCUUCAUUAUCAUUCUUGUACUUAUGAUUCUGCUUUGCCUUUAAUUUUGCUAUGCAGUCUGAGCCGAGAAAGACAAAGAAAAGUCACUGGAAAAAAAUUAUUUAGUAUUUCCAGAAUGCCCACAGCAAAUAGCCUCAAAUGUACCUGAAAACUGCAGCUGGGAGAUGAAGAUGGAACAGCAAAUUGCUGGACUUGAUUUUUUUUUUUUUCUCAUAAGAAUUUUUUUCAUAUUUCAGAACAGUUUUCUUGGUAAAUGAUUCUUUUCAGAUUCCGUGCUAGAGUCAUAGGGAUUUUUUAGUUUUGUAUUUUUCCUGGUGAUGUUUUGCAGAGCUUGAGAGGGUAUUUCGUUUUCUAUUUGCUUUUCAUCUGGAGACCCUAAAGAUGAGAUAUCCUUAUCUACAUCUUGCAUAUAGUGAAUGUGAAAUAUAGAGCAUUACACUUUGUUCAAAAUCACUAAAGAAAGCUGAAAACACUAAAGAAAAAAUUGAAUAGGAAAGUUAUAUGUAUGGAACUCAAAUGUGAAAAGGUAAUUUCCUAUAAUUAUAGCAGAAAUUAAAAAUUUAAACUCUACAUUAACUGAAUAUGUGCGAAUAAAGCAGGUUUUUGAAGCAUAAAGUCAUGAACAAAAAUGAGCAUACAGCUGAACUGCAGCUUGCCUGGACACCUGAUAGCAUCCCUGGUGACAGCAUGUUCUUAUACCAGCAGCCAGCUCCAUUGUCAAUAGUAUGGAUUAUUCGUCUGGCACUGACUUCUUGUACUGACACAAAAUCUGCAUGAAUAUUUGUCUGUAUUGCAUGUAGUCCUAAAUUUCUAACUCUUUGAAAGCUUUUCCAGGUUUUUUGCCACAAGUUACUCUGUUGCCAGUAAUUUAAGUAUAGAUAACAAAUAACAAAGUAAUACUUUUAACUUCCUAUAAAGUUUUAUAGACAUUUAAAAAUAGAAAUGGAAAUACAAAUUAAUGGAAAUACAAACACUUUAUAGUCAACCAAAAGAAAUAUUUUGCUAUUAUGUAUUUUAGUCAGUGAUAACUACAGGUUUUAUACAGAGAAGCCAGGCCGUGUAAAAAUAUUAUUUAUUUACAGAUUAAUGCAUGCUACUAUAUGGAAGAGUAAUAGUAAGAACAUCUCUUACUAUUCAGACAAUAAAAGAGCUUGCCAUUUUAACUGAGUAUCCCCAUAAUGCUGUCUGUAUCAGGUGCAGAUGUGCUGUUCUGGCAGACACAGACCAUCUGAAAAGUUUAAAUUCUUGGAAGACUUCUUAUUAUAAAUUCUUGGUUUUAUUGUGUGUGAUGAUUUUCCAUUAAAAUGUGUUUAUCUUAAAGCUAUUUUUAAAACUGAUACUUUAGCAUUCAGAAAUGUGACUGAAAGUAGAUCCUGAUGCUCUGAUGCUUGGUGAGUUGCUGUCAGUAAGGUUUUUUUGUUUUUAGUAGAGGCUUUAGGACCGUAUCUGUCACGGGCAGUCAGGAAUUAGGCCAGUACAGAGUUUGGUAUUUAUGAAUAACUUUGCAA